UAAACAUUAUGCCACGGUAUGUUGUUCCAAUUGUUCAAGCAGAAGUUCGCCCUUUUUGCGCGGAUUCAAGCAACCAGCAUUAAUAGCAACAGUUUGCGGCCGUUUAGCAAGUCAUGAAUAUGGCACGCAAACUUGAUGUAAUUAUUUUCGGUGCCAGCGGAUUUACUGGAAAGUAUGCCGUGCUGGAGAGUAUCAAACUGUUGGCCGAUAUGAAAUGGGGCAUAGCCGGACGGAGCCAAAACAAGAUGCAGGACAUACUGAAGGAAAUAGGCGAAAAGGCAAAAACAGACCUAUCGCACGUACCGAUUGUGCUGGCCGAUGUGAACAAUCAGGACUCGCUGCACAGCAUGGCCCGAGACUGUCGAGUAAUUGUCAACUGCUGUGGCCCAUACCGGUUGUACGGUGAACCGGUCCUGAAGGCAUGCCUUGCUGAGCGUACACAUCAUGUCGAUGUGAGCGGCGAACCACAAUUUCUUGAAGGAAUGCAGCUAAAAUAUCACGAAGCGGCAAAGGAGAAGGGCAUCUACCUCAUAUCUGCUUGUGGCUUCGAUAGCAUUCCGGCCGAUAUGGGUACGGUGUUUCUGGAGCAACAGUUCGAUGGUGUCGUUAAUUCGGUGGAAAGUUACAUCGUUUCCAAGCAGAAGGGACGGCGCGAGCUGGGUGCUAUCCAUUAUGGUACGUGGGCAUCGGCGGUACAUGCCAUUGCUAACAUGCACGAGGUGGGAGAAAUUCGCCGCAAACUGUUUGCAAAGAAAAUGCCCGAUGUGAAACCAAAGCUUCCGGAGCGGCCUGUACUGCAUCGGUCGGAAAAUGGGAAUAAAUGGUCACUACCAUUCCAAGGAGCUGAUCGGUCGUGUGUUGCCCGUACGCAGCGGUUUUUCUACGAGACGGAAAACAAACGUCCGCUUCAGAUGAGGGCGUACAUUUCGUUCGGAGGGCUCGCAGAAGCGUUGGCCGUAUCGUUUGUGGGAGCUAUCUUUUGGAUGAUGGUGAAGACCAACUUCGGUAGACAGAUGUUGCUCAAUCAUCCAAAAUUGUUUUCCUUUGGAAUGGUUUCUCACGAGGGUCCCAGCGACGAAGCGAUGAACAAUACCCAGUUUGCGCUUUAUUUCGAGGGUAGAGGAUGGGAGGAAAAGCUUGCCAGUCCCGAGGAUAAGUAUACCACACCUCCGAAUAAGGUGAUUCGUACCAAGGUUGCCGGAACCAAUCCCGGAUAUGGGGCGACAUGUGUUGCGUUAGUACUUUGCGCUCGCACAAUCCUACAGGAAGAAGACAAAAUGCCUGGAAGUGGCGGUUUCCUGACCCCAGGCGCAGCAUUCGCGAAGACGAAUUUGAUCACCGAGCUAUGCAAGAAUGGGUUCUUGUUUGAAGUACUAUCGACGGCAAAAUUGUAAAAAUGAUAAUACCAGGUAUAUGGGCUAGUUGUGCAAUGUAAACUUUUAAAAAGUGACAACAUUUUACCUCACUGGGUGGGUUUUUUCAUGGUUAGAAAUAAAGAAUUGUGGUUUGGUGGAAAAAGGAGAA